GCGGAGGACGCCGUCGCCUGGGGUCUUCCCGGCCCCUGCUGCUUUUUUCCUUAUGGCGCUUUAGUGUCAGGGCUUGGGAGUCUCCGCUAGUCGCCAGGCCUAGCUGUGGCCGUGCGUGGCGCUAGGGUGAGGCGGCUAGAGUCGGGCGACUUCUGCCUGUCCCACGGAUGAGCAUGUCCCGCGGCGUCUGGGCUCCAGAGGCCUGUCGGUGCCACGCUGGCCCUCCGGCCCCGCCAGGAGGCAUGGUGACCCUCCCGCAGCGCAUCCCCGCGCUCGAGCCGCAGCCGUAGCCAGCAGGCGUGGGUCCAGGCACUCGUGUCUCCCGCUGUAGUCUAAGCCACUCUUUAGGGUGCUUCUAGACCCCUUUUGGUUUUGUUUUUGGUACAACUUAGGCAUACGAGUGAUUUGAAGCAUUUAUCUCUGCAAAGAGCUAAAGAUUUGUACUUCAGCAAAGACUGACAAUAAGUUGUUGGACAUUUAAGUGGAUUCUAGUUCAAGCUCUCCUGAAACAUUUUUGUGUUUAAAUUUUUUCAUCAGGGAAACAUAUACUUAUUUUAAAAGGGGUGAAAAAGACUGCUUCUAAAACUUUAGUAUAAAAAUAUAGCUUUUUAUUGUAAAUGUUUUUAUACCCAUUAGAAAGAAUAUUUACAUUGCAUGAAAGGCCUUAAAAAAAGCUUAUUCUAUUUGAUGUAAGUGCUGACUGCCUAUUAUGUGUAGUCUGUUUUGUGCAUAAUAUUCUUAUUGUUGAAAAAGAUAGGUGUAAAGAUGCUGGUAUGUAUUUUGUAACUUGCUUUUUAAAAAUAAAUGUUUUGUGUGUCAUCUCAUUUUUGUAAAUGUAGAAUGUAUAUGCAUACCUUGGCAUAGGAAAAUAUCUAGAUGUCUGUACUCUCAAAUGUUAACUGGUUUAUCUGGGUGAAUGAAUUCUACGUAAUUUAAUUAAUUAAAAAAUUUUUUCCUAUUUUUUCUGCAGUGACAUGUAUACAUCUGUAAUUUGUUUUUAAGUGAGGGAGGGGGACUGAGUGAUAAACUGUAUGUGAUUCAGAAUCUUACCCAUGAGAGAAGCAGUGAGCAAAUGACAUCUCUGAGUAAAGAGCCAAACUUCUUCAUCGGGGCAGUUAUGUGUACAAAAUGCAUAAAAGCAUUUGCUGAAAUGACGAAUGGUUAGCAUUUCUGGCCUCCAGUGGGCAUUUUACCAUCUUGUGGAAAGGAGGUCUGAUAAGCAUUUGGUUAUUGCUCAGCACCAAGUAGGUGUCAGAUCUUUUCUGACCAAGAUGAUCCUAUUCCUUUCGCCUGACAUUCUGACUCCAGGCCAGCUUGCAACAUUAAUUUUAGUGCCAUGCUUGUUUUUGGUUUUUUUUUUUUUUUUUUACUUUUUUAUCCUUUGUGUUUGAAAAAAUUGGAAAAGUAUUCUGAAAUGUCAAGAGGCUUCUUUUAAUAUGCUCUGCUGACAAUUUUCAGUGUUCGCCGAUACUCUCUGAGCCUUUAGAACAUGAAGUGUAAAGUUUUGGGCCAUAAAAAUUCUGGAAGUGUACAAAAGCAGUGUUAGGAAUAAAUCUUGAAAUUUUAGUUUAUUACAUAAAUAUGAAAACAGCUUUUCUUGACUUUUGAAUGCACUUGAUUGGGAUGGGCUCAAGAAAUGAGCUAUUUUGUUAGGUAAGAUAUUAUAUAUAUUGAUAUCAUUUUUAUAAAUCUCGUGGUUGUCAGUUUCUUUGGAUGAUUUCCUUCCCCUCCUACCAGUUGGUGGCUGAAUAAGAACUGGAAGCAAGAUGUAACUUACUGGUUGGUAAUAGCAGUUAGGAUUUACUUACGCAGUUAUUCAAAACCCAGGAGUUAGAAGACAUGCUUUUUGAUCUUUGGUUCUGCCAACUUAGUUGACUUGACUUUCAGUGAGUCUGUUUCCUCAUCAGUAAAAUUGGGGUGGGUUUGAUAGUAGCCCCUGUAUAUAUUUCAGAAUUGUUGUGAAGAUCAAAUAAAAUAAGGGUUAGGAAGCCGAUCAAGAAACUAAAAAGCACUCUUAUUAUUGUGUGAUCACGUCACUUGUGCCGAUAUACCCAGAACUUAGUGAAGCAACAGAAAUAGUAUGUGCACCUCAAGUUCCUCACCACUAAAAAUAAGAUGGUCUUGGUAAUGAUGCCAAAUUCUACCUGCUAUAUAUCAUCUUGUUGAUAAGAAAAGCAGCAUAUAAAGCCAGAGAAAAGCUCUUUUUCUGACAUUCUUUACUUUCCCACUGCUACAGUGGAAAGAACAGUAAUCUGAAAUGGAAGAGGUAAUUCUGAUUCUGACAGUAAUCUAUUACUUGAUUUUAAAGCUUGGGCUUUAAAAUUAAUUAGAUAUUUGUUCAUAUCCCAACCUUACCACUUACUAAGUAUCCCCUUGACUUUUCUAUGCCUCAGUUUCAGUAUCAAUACCAAAGCGUAAAUAACAAUUUUGAGAGUGUUGUGAGUUUUGCAUAUCGUACUUAAUCAUAGGAUUAAGUAAAUCCACAGCCUGAUACAUAAUUGCUGAUCAAUAAGUGACCAUUAUUCUUCAAUUGUUAAAUAAUCCAUAAGGACUUAAACAGUUAAAAGUCUGUGAUUUGGUGUUUGCUUACAUUAUAUUUGCUUUCAUUAUGGCUGAAUAAAUUAAUGUAGAUUUGUAUUCCUAUUUUGGUGUCAAGAUGUAGCUUUAGAAGGUAAAUUCAUUUCAAAGAAAUGACAUUUAUACAUACUCAUAUUUGUCAAUAUAUACAAUUUUUAGUAUUUAGUAUGUUCAACAGAAUAUUAUACUUGAACUAAUUCUAUAUAACUUCCCAGUUGAUUAAAGAUCUUGGUACCGUUGUAUUCUUGAGUCUCAGAAAUGAACUGCAUUUUUGCUUAUAUGAUUUCUGUCAUGUUUUUCCUACAGGCAUUUUUUACCAUCUGUGAAAACUUCCCUGUAAUUUAUUUUUCAUCAGUCCCAUAUUAAGAAUUGUACCAAAUUGAAAAGAUAUGAAUGAGUAUCCUAAAAAAAGAAAAAGGAAGACUUUACACCCUUCUCGUUAUUCAGAUUCCUCUGGGAUAAGCAGAAUUGCAGAUGGAUUCAAUGGAAUUUUUUCUGAUCAUUGUUAUAGUGUCUGUUCUAUGAGACAACCAGACUUAAAAUAUUUUGAAAACAAAGAUGAUGAUUCUGAUACAGAGACAUCAAAUGACUUGCCAAAAUUUACAGAUGGAAUCAAGGCCAGAAACAGAAAUCAGAACUAUCUGGUUCCCAGUCCUGUACUUAGAAUUCUAGACCACACUGCCUUUUCUACAGAUAAAUCUGCUGAUGUUGAAAUUUGUGAUGAAGAAUGUGACUCACCUGAAUCAGUCAACCAACAGACUCAAGAGGAGAGUCCUAUAGAAGUUCAUACUGCUGAAGAUGUUCCAAUUGCUGCAGAAGUGCAUGCAAUUUCUGAAGAUUAUGACAUAGAGACAGAAAACAAUUCCUCUGAGAGUCUCCAAGACCAAACUGAUGAAGAGCCACCAGCUAAACUUUGCAAGAUUCUUGACAAGAGCCAAGCUUUGAAUGUGACUGCCCAGCAGAAAUGGCCUUUACUGAGAGCUAAUAGCAGUGGCCUCUAUAAAUGUGAACUUUGUGAGUUCAACAGCAAAUAUUUUUCAGAUUUAAAGCAGCAUAUGAUCCUGAAGCAUAAACGUACUGAUUCAAAUGUGUGUCGAGUAUGCAAGGAAAGUUUCUCUACCAACAUGCUUCUGAUUGAACACGCCAAACUGCACGAAGAGGAUCCAUACAUUUGUAAAUACUGUGAUUAUAAGACAGUAAUUUUUGAGAACCUCAGCCAGCACAUUGCAGACACCCAUUUUAGUGAUCACCUUUAUUGGUGUGAGCAGUGUGAUGUACAGUUCUCCUCAAGCAGUGAACUCUACCUGCAUUUCCAGGAGCACAGCUGUGAUGAACAGUACUUGUGUCAGUUCUGUGAACAUGAAACAAAUGACCCAGAAGACUUGCAUAGCCAUGUGGUAAAUGAACAUGCAUGUAAAUUAAUAGAGUUAAGUGACAAGUAUAACAAUGGAGAACAUGGACAGUACAGCCUUUUGAGCAAAAUUACCUUUGACAAAUGUAAAAACUUCUUUGUAUGUCAAGUAUGUGGUUUUCGGAGUAGACUUCAUACAAAUGUUAACAGGCAUGUUGCUAUUGAACAUACUAAAAUUUUUCCUCAUGUUUGUGAUGACUGUGGGAAAGGCUUUUCAAGUAUGCUAGAAUAUUGCAAACAUUUAAACUCACAUUUAUCUGAAGGGAUUUAUUUAUGUCAAUACUGUGAAUAUUCAACAGGACAAAUUGAGGAUCUUAAAAUUCAUCUAGACUUCAAGCAUUCAGCUGACUUACCUCAUAAAUGUAGUGACUGCUUGAUGAGGUUUGGAAAUGAAAGGGAAUUAUUAAGUCACCUUCCAGUCCAUGAGACAACUUGAUUAUUCUCUUUAACUUCCAUAAUGUUAAUGUAAAAUAAUAAAUAUGACUUUUUUAGAGACGUUAAAAUGGAUUAUUUUAAACAAUUUAUGAGAAUUGCCUUUAACAAGAUUUUUUUAAUUGUCCAAUUUUCUUGGCUUUGCUACAUUUUUUAGUAUAUAAUUAUAUCCUAAAUUUGGUCUUUUCAGUGCACAGGAGUUCAUGGUAGUUUUAACGACUCCUGGUGACUAUCAUCCUGUUUCUUGCAUGUGCUCUAAUUUCAUGAAUUAAUAAGAAACAGAUGUACUAAAGAAACUAGUUUUCCUUCUGUAACCUUAGGUGCUAUUAACUUCUUUAAACUCAAGACAAGCUCAGUUUUUCAUGUAGGAAGUCGUUAAACUGCUGCACUACCAGCACUAAAAUCCAACAUAAAUACAGUUAAGUCCACUUACAUUCCCAUUAAUAAGAACCCAGACCAUCCUUUCGCAUUUCCCAUUAGUAAUCAUCUCCAGCGUAAUCACUGUACUCUCUAUCUGUGUGAUUCUUUUAAUAACACUGGAAAGUCGGUGUUAUAGUAGAAAGAUCUGGUUUUCUUGUUGGUCUUUUUCUUUCAUAACAUUUCACAACUCCUUACCUGUUCACAUUUCAUUUUCAGUUAUGCACCUACAAAGUGAUGCCCAAACUUAUGAUGUCAAAUCAUUUAUUGACUGAGAAAACCCACCAAUGUAUUAACAUAGAAUUAGGAAGGUCUGGGAGAUAAAGGAUUGCUGGCGUGAAAAUGUAUGCUAGUGUCUUGUGGCUACCAUAAUGAAUUACCACAAACCAAGUGGUUUAAACAACAGAGUUUUAUUGUCUCAGUUCAAGAGCCUAGAAAUUCAAAAUCAAAAUGUUGGCAUAGUUCGUUCCUUCUGAGGGCUGUGAACAAAGGAUCUGUUCCCAGCCUUCCUCCUUGGCUAAAAGUUGGCUGUUUUCAUGUUCACAUGGUGUUCUCCCCAUAUGCAAGUCUGUCUCCAAAUUUCCCCAUUUUACAAGGACAUCAGUGAUAUGAAUUAGGGCUCUUCCUAAUGACCUCAUUUUAACUUGAUAAAUAUUUUGAGUUACUGGGCCCAGGACUUCAACAUAUGAAUUGGGGGGAGGGAAAGAAAGAUACAACCACAAAAGCAACUUCUUAACUAGCAGUAUCAAGAAGAAUUGUGUAUCACUGGCUUCAAAUUUAAUGAACACUGUUAGCUAACAAUAUUGUUUUGGAAUAUUGAUAUAGUUGAAGAAACAUUUAUGACCUAUGGUUUUCCCACUUUAAAUACCAUGAGAAUUUAGUCUAUUUUGAGAAUGGUGGCGGGAAAAAGUAUUUUCAAAACCUAUCAUUUUUAUCUUUACUAUUUUUUUUACAUGGAUAACAUUUUCUAUUUUACUUUGUACACAUAAAUAUUACCAGUAAACACAGUUGAUAUAGAGAUGGACCGAUGACUUUAAAAAUGUUUUAAGAGAAUUUAGGGGGUUGUAUAAAACUAGCCAUUUAAUGGCUCAACUAGUGACAGAUAUAGAAACUUGUAUUUAGGAGGGGAAAAUUAUUCAGGAGUAAACUGAAGGCCUUGGUUCCUGACAAUGCCCCCCUGGCUUUUGAUGCCAAAACCAUUUGUGCAAAAUCCCUGUCAGGAGAAAUAGGAUGAAGUGAUUGGCAUGUGCCAGUGUGGAUGGUGGCUAGCCCGUGAUAAAGGAGCAGGGAUGGUGACUGGACACCAGACUGGUGGCUGCAAUCAUACACAGGACCCAGGGUGGAACAGCAGCCUGGGGAAGUCAUAUCUUCAGUGCACUCAAAAACCCAUUUUUCUAAACUUUUCUAAAGUUUUCUAAAUUUUUCUAUACUUCUCUCAAACAGUGUAUCUUUAAUAUUUUGUCACAUAUGCAUAGCUGUAUUCCUAGAAACUACCAUUCCAUCUGAUUAACUUUCCAGGCAGGGCUGGCUGAUACAAAUAUUUUCUAGAAGACUUAAAAUCAUAGUUUAAAUUAGAAGAGAACCUUAGAAACCAUCUGGUCUAAUCCCUCUAGUUUCUGAGUUUCUCGUAGAAAGAAACUUAGGUUGUUAUUAGGUCAAGGUCACAAAACAGUUAUAGCAUACAGGAGUGAAUCCAAGUCAUUUGACUUCUAGUCAAGUGAUGUUUCCAUUACAGCAUGUUACAUAAAAAUCUAAGCUUUGUCCUUGGGAUGUUUUUCAUGACUACUUAACUUAGCCAUUCAGUUGUCUUCUUGGUAAUUGUUUUUAUACUUUUUUGAUAUUUGUCCAAGUCUAGGAAUUUGAUUUUCAGGAAACAAACUUAAGUAAUGCCUUGGUGGGUUUUUUAAAAUUCUGUAUUUUAAUUGCUUUCAUUUCAUCAAGUGUUAGUAAUCAGACUGUAUGAAACUGAAAAGAUUAAAUCCAAGUUUUAGAAAUAUAAUUUUGUGCUUUUUGAUGAAUCUGCAGCUUGAGGCAACAUCCCACUGACAGCUUGUCCAAUAAAAUCUUUUGGCUUUGACUCAGCUUUCAGAUAAAUCUGACUGACUAUAAAAUUGCUGAGGUACCUGGUCUAUAUUUUUAGCUUAACAAACUUCUUUGGAAAAACAAACCUACCUAAAAGGAAAUUUUUCUAACUACUUCUGGUUUUCUCCCUCUCAAAGACAGGCUUAUCCACUGUACACUUUGUGACUUGAACCAUGAUUCAAGUGUGAGAAACCAACUGAUAGUGAUGUUUAUUUGCACUACAAUAGAAUUCUUGGCAGCAGUAAACAGUGCUGAUGAGUUUUCUUUCCUUGCUUUAUCUUCAUCUUGCAAUGAGUUAUUACUUUUGAAAUUCCAAAGCAUUUCCCUUGUAUUUGGGGAAUUUGAAAUUCCCUAAAAUUUCAAAGUGAUUGUGUACUACUCACUAGCCUCUCUUCCUACUUGUAAAUUUGCCAGUUUAACCAUUUUAAAUCGCCUGUCUUAGAUUUCUCUGAAUGUAUAUCAUGACAUAUUAACCAGUUGCUCAGUUUCACUGGGCCUGUAGCAGGUUGUUAAGUGAUUGCUGAAUUGUGGGAAGAUAAAGUAUACUUAGGCUAUUUUCUUCCAAUAGAUUAACACUAUUCCUAAUUUUUAAAUCUGGUUUACAAAGCAUUGAAUUUCUUAAUUCCUGGCACUUUACCAUAAACCUUAAUUUAUUUCAUCAAUCUUACUACAUUAUGCAACUAGUUUAAUGUAAUUCUCAAACUACUGUGAUUAAUUUUAAAGGGAUAUUAAUGCCUAAAAAACACUAAGUUACGUAAAUUUGAAAAAACUAAUAAAAUCAAAUGGCCACAAUCCUCUUGGGAAGCAGAUUGGCUUACCAAAAAACUCAAUAGUUAUUAAGAAUUUAAGUGAAAAUAAAUAGUUAAGGCCAAAUGUUAAUGAAGAAGUAAAUUUGGUUAGGUUACCCGACAAGUAACAGUCUCAUGCCUAUUAAUUAAAAAUAAAAUUUGGGGGUAACUUUGCCUGUAACUUUCAGUUCUGAUGACUGACGAUACAGAGUAUCUACAGGAGAAUUUUUAUUCACAGCUUUGAGUUUAUGGACUUACAUACACUUCUUGUAUUGGUCUAGCUUUACAUAAAUUAAUCUUUUAAGACAUUAAAACCUAAGUGAAAAAAUAUGUACAUUUGUGGUGUAAAAUAUAAAUUCACAAAGCUAAAAGUUGUCACAUGUAAUUUACAUGUUUAUAUGAAGUUAUAUGUUCAGUUUGUAAGUUUAAAAACAAACUUUUAGAAGCCUAAUUAGAGUUGUUUGGAGUCUGCUUCCUACUAGAGAUUUAAAAAUAGUUUUCUCCAUAAAGACUUCCCAUUUUAAAGCGUGAAUCACCACAACUUUUUAAAUUUAUUCUCCUUAAUAACCCUACCUGAACCCAAAAUAAAUCACAUUUCUGAAAAGUAAUUUCUUCAUUCUAAAAACAACAAUUUUCUCACAUUGCUAAAUAAGAAUAUUGUAUUAUCUACUAGUCUAAUCCCAUACCUUAAGAGAGAUGGUUAUUUCGACAGCUUUUAAAAGAUAUUUUGUUAUUACAACCUUUAAAAGUUUAUUAUUUAUUUUUGGUUUUAAAUAAGCAAAUGAAUAUAACCUGGAUAAUCUUUUUUUCUUGCUAAAAAUAUUGAACUGAAUGAAUUAUAUCCUGAAAAAUUUAAUGAAAAGUAUCUUUUGAAUGAAACCCGAGUUUUCUAGUUUUUAAUAUCCUGAUGGUGUCCACUGCUGAAAAACAUUACAAUUGGAAAUAAUUGAUACUUUUGCCCUUACUCUUCAGAGUAAGCUGAGAUCAGGAAUUGGAAACAUACCUAUCAAAUGUGAUUUCUGGUAGGUAAUUACUUUUUUCUUUUUUAAUCCUUGCCUAAUGGCCAUUUACCAUGCUGUUCUAAAUUUUGGUUGGCAGAAAUUGAGACUAUUGAAUUCUGUUUUCCUAUCUACCCUGUUCAUUUUAUUUAGGGUUACCUCUUUAUGGCAUUAUUCAUGUUUAUAAAACAUUUUCCUCAAUCUAUAUUCUGUGGCUGAUUACCCUCAUCUUUGCAACUCUUCCUCACUUUACGUGGGUUUUCAGAAAGUCUCAAAGAUUAAGUCUUCCCAGUUAACAAGAUGAGAAUGGAUUUUUCUCUAAUUCUUCCUUCUCUUCUUUGAACUGUGUUAAAAUAAGUUACUGUCUUCACACCACAUACCAUAUCGCUUGCUUUUAUACCUUGUAAAUAUUUUAUGUAUUCUUGUCUAAUAGUUUGAUUGUGCUGAAUUUAUAAAUUUCAAUGUGUCUUUUAAGCAGAAUAUCAUUGCACAGAUCUUAUUAAAUAAUUCUUUAUGGUUAAGUUCCUUAUGGCACUAAUCCAAUGUUCUUUAGUGAACAACUAAAAUGCUAAAGUAGAGAAACUAACCUAGAAUGACAGAAUGUUAGCCUGGAGGGUACCUCAGAGAUCAUCUAAUCCAGACUCAUAAAGUGUACAAUAUAUUUUAUUUUCAUGGUUGUAAAUUCUACAUUGUAAAAUUUAACUAGCACAUCAAAUGUGAUUCAUGAGUAUUUUUACUUAGGACAAAAUGAAUGUUUUAAGAAAAAAGCAUCUUGAUUUAAAGAAAAACGUGAAGUAAAUAAUGAUACAUGGACAUGAAAAAAAUGAGUAGGUGAUACAUUAAUGACUGAAAUUUGAGAAUACAAAAUUCUGAUCUGAACUUGUUUAUAGCUUAGAAAAAUGGUUCUCUAACAUUAGUUAGACUUUUAAGCUAGCACAAACAGGACUGCUAACUCCCCAACACUUUUCUAAGAAUUUUCUUUAGAAAAAGUUAAAAUGUGCCAUAUUUUUUUUUUUUCAUGUAAUAUAUCAGAUACCUGAAGAGAGAGAAUGACAUAUUAGAGAGCACUGGACCAGAUCAUAUAAGACUUUGAUUUCUAAUCCCUGUUCACUAACUAUAAAUUGUGUGACUGUACCCAUGAACAAUAGAUGUAAUAUUAUUAAAUUUUUCUCAAAUA